AUGUCGUCCAAGGAACCCGCUACUCAGUAUUAUCACCACGGCCGCCUGAGAGUGGCCGGAGAUCCUAAAAAACCCUGUGUUGUCUUCCCGACAUGCUACGGGGGGAAACUGGAUCACCGAAGUUACCUUGUCGGCGAGGAUAAGGUCCUGAACACGGACAAGUUCUUCGUCGUCACCUUCGCCCUUUUCUCAAAUGGAGAGUCCUCGUCGCCUUCGAAUACUCCGGCGCCGUAUAAUGGCCCCUACUUCCCCGCUGUGUCCUAUGAGGAUAACAUCCGUGCUCAACAUGCCGUUCUGACCAAAAAGUUGGGCAUCUCGAAGGUCCGUCUGGUUAUAGGAUUCAGCAUGGGUGGUCAACAGGCAUACUAUUGGCCCGUGGUCUUCCCGGACUACGUCGAAAGAUUUGUCCCGAUUUGCGGUUCGGCUCGCACAUCUCCGCACAACAAAUGCUUUUUGGAAGGCCCCCAAGCAGCUCUUACCGCCUCCAAAGACUUCCACGACGGACACUACACAUCCCCUCCUCAAUAUGGCAUCCGUGCCUUUGGCCGUGCCUACUCGGCCUGGGCCUAUGGCCAAACUUGGUUCCGGCAGCGCCUCUACAUCUCUGAUGCGCACCCGGAUAUGGAAUCCUGGCUGCGCGAAGAUUGGGAAGGCGGCUUUCUCACCGAAUGGGACGCGAACGAUAUGCUCACGUUGCUGCAUACGUGGUACACGGGCGAUGUGUCGCUUGUGAGGGACGGCGGAGACUACGAGCAAUGCUUGAAGAGCAUUAAGGCGAAGGGACUAAUUAUGCCGUGCAAGACAGAUCUCUACUUCCCGCCGGAGGACAGUGAGAUCGAGGUUUCGCUCAUGACCAACGGAGCUAAACUGGUCGUGAUUGAUUCUGUAUGGGGCCAUGUCGCGGGUGGAGAUGCCAACCCCGAAGACACUGAGUUCAUCCAAGCACAGAUCCAGAAAUUCUUGGACGAAACCGCGUGAAGUACGCUCGAGCGUCCAUUGCUUGCGCAUGGCCAUACAAUAGCUUUGCAGUGCCUGGAUUCGUUAUUCGUCUGUCAGACAUUAUAUAUAACAGUAAGAUAUGUGAGGUUUAUGUCGUGGCAUGUCGUGAAAUGUCGUGCGGAUCAUCGGGCCAGAAGUGAUAUUCAGUCGUCAGAACCUCCCCUCACGGAGUGCCCUUGGCGACAUGCCGUAGUCGGCCAGUCACAGCAUCCGUAUGCAGAGGCUUCAAAGUGGGAAGGUGUGUACACCAGGGGAGGUGUUUUUAGUGUCAUGGCUCCAUGUCAUGCAACAGUGUGUCCCAUCCCGCAAGACCGAAAAAGACGGGAAACUCUCUCCAUAGCGCGACCAUGAGGGUCUCAAAUGCGGUUCGCCCAACUUUAGCACACGCAUCGCAUAGUUCGGCGUCCCAGUCGACGCCGUCAUGGCGGUUCCACAUUGUGCGCGCAUGCAGGUCCGCGAGACGAGGUUGCAGAUCCAGCAAAAUUUUGAGCCUUUGGGGAGCGCACAUAUUUCCCACCCGACAAUGAGGCGAGGGAUAGCGAUCCGUGUCCAGUCAUUUCACGUGGUAUUGUUCCGCGAGGAGUCCUUGCUUUCCCUGAAUGCAUGCAGCCAUCGCAACGGCUGAUAACCGUGACCGGGAGCCAGGGCGUUCGCCAGGCAAACCUUCGACGAUGUGCAAGAAUGAACGCGAGGUACAGGCGAGGUAUGCGGCGGGCAAUAUAUGUGAGAUGCCGCAAUCGUGCGCAAGGUUCAGGAUAUCGAAAGGCAGUCCUUUGUGGAAGGCAAUCUUCGUCCAUGUCUGAUAUACUUGAUUGUAGGCGGCGAGCGUCGUAGGCAGCUCGUACGUCAAUCUUGACAGACCCUCCGUGCGGAGGGUGGGAAUAUCAUAUUUUGCGCCGAGGCGUACGAAACCGGCCACUGCGGAGAACUCGAGUGCCUGAUCGGGCUUGAAGUAUCUUGCCUCUCCGUACAUGGCCCGUAGAACGUGUUCCAACUCGUAGCGGUCGUCCGUAAGGUGUAUAAUGGGGCAGCCAUCCACAGUCCGUUCACCGCCAGGUUGGGCUAGCAUAAACAUAUCCUUGAACACAGACGACCGUGACGCUAGCACACUUCUGUGUAUGCGGAAUAUUGCAACUGGCGAGUCCGGUGUACCUGCGCCGGUCUGAAGGAUAAUGUUCCCGUCGUCGUACCAAACGUCAGAGCGAACGACGGCCAGUGUUGAAGCACCCGGAGUGAGUGACGUUGUAUCCGUCCGCUGACGUUUUGCUGGGGAUGUCGAGUCCAUGGCGUCUACUAGCAAGAGGGUACGAUCUUGACUUGCUAGAACAAAGGCCUACAGAAAC